GUUACUGCAACCGAUCAUGGUUCACCGAAACGUCUGAGUGCUACCACGGAUGUCCGCGUGAUACUCGAUGACCUGAACGACUGUACCCCCGUGUUCACACAUAAUCAAUACAACUUCACAAUCAUCGAGGACUAUGCACAGAAUUUCACCGGCGAACGUAUUGUCGGAACAGUGAAAGCCACAGACUGUGACAUUGGAGAGAAUGGUAAAGUGGCAUACACUAUACUGGACCCCGGAUUACCGUUUUCGAUUACAAAGGACGGCAUUCUUCGAACAAGUCGUCUGAUUGACCGGGAGCUGCGUUCUGUGUAUCGGUUUACCGUAUUGGCUCAAGAUGGUGGAGGGGAUCACUCGCGCCCAGAACGAUAUGGUCUCGAAAAAUUCAGCUAUGAACGACCAGGUGACGGAUCCGGUGCCACGCGAUCAACAACUGACCAAAAAUAUCGGACUUCGGCUGCCCAGGUGCGAAUCACUAUUUUGGACUUGAAUGAUAACUAUCCAGUAUUUGUCUACCCGAACUCGUCUUCGCUGAAGGUCCAUGUGUCUGUUCAAGAAAGCCGGGAAUUCGUCGUCACACGGUUGGUCGCUCUGGAUAAAGACAGUGGUCCAAACGGACAGGUUCAGUAUCGUAUAGCGCGAGCCAAUGCAUCUCAUGGAUUACAAAUUCGUCGGACAACUGGGGAGCUUUACGUCGAAAAAGAUAUGACAAAUACCAAUAAGGGGACAAUAGAACUUUUAAUAGAAGCCAGUGACCAAGGGAGUCCUCCGCAAAAGAAUUCCAUACAACUUCAUGUCAGUGUGAACAAUAUGCCACCGGUUGGUCGAAACAUGAUUCUUGUUUCUCGGCCUGGAUUCGCUGACCUCGAGAAAGAUAUGGGCAACCAGUCCGGCACUAUUGAAAUAAACAAACUGAUUAUGAUGUGUAUUGUCAUCUCGACCACCGUCAUAUGCAUCAUCAUGAUGUUUGUCAUCGGUUUGUGCGUAAGGCGCACUUCCUGUUAUCGACUUCGACAUUCUCUUGGGACGCCAUGCAACAGAACUUCCGCGGUUAUGUGGCGGGCAGAAAAUGGGACAAAAGGACAGUCUGAAAAUGAAAAAAGGUUUAGCAACAUUUGUAAAAAAUCCUCUAAACUGUUGGCAGAAGGUGACACGGUAAACACUCCGGUUGAUGACCCGGUAUAUAAUGGUUCUUCCGAGGAUCCAACCAUUUCCAACAAUUAUGCGGAUGCCCUUAGGUCAGAAGCCGGAAACCAAGAACGUUUGCUCGCAAAGCCGGGCUUCAUGCGCAUACCGUCAGAUUUGGUGAGCUGCCAUACGGAACAAAAUCAGCGAGUUCAUGAUACUUUUGUGUGCAAGAUGGCCCAAGUGGUUAGACCGAAGGUCUGUGGUACGAACCCGACCUCUGCCUCUCGACUUCCCCUGUCUAGGCUUGGGCAACCUAGCAGUAUCCCAGCCCUCAUGCAACCUUCGGGUGGCAUGGCAGCUAUGCACCGAAAGGGUGUUACGGCUGAGUGGCAUGUGAUGUUUACAAUCGUUUUUUUCCUUGCCCACUUUCAGCCAAGUCACCGCUUCCACCCAACAGCUGUUCAGCUUUCUCCAACACAAGGCAUUACAACCAGUCAUCCCCUCAACGUCAGUAUUGACGGGCAAAUGGAACAUGAUAGAUGCCUCGUUCAUGUGGAUACAUCUACAGGCGUUGGAUAUCUAGCACUUCCAAUGAGUAGCUCACAGAGUCAAGCUGACGCAACGUCGUCUUUCAUCAGGGAUAAAUAUUUCGUUCGGAACCCUUCAAAGUUGAUAUCAUCCUCACAUCAACCGCAUCAUCUCGAUCUUCAUGUGCUAGAAUCGGAUGUUGAUUCUGGACGAGGUGGGAGCGUUGUUAAUAUUGGCCCACCUUGCAGUAACGCGGAUAAAGUUGUUUCCAAUAGUGUGGCUGAUAGUCAUCUGUCCAACCUGACGACUCCUAAUAAUUCCGUUCAGUCGUUAUCACCACAAUGUAUGCAACAGUCCAUGGUUGAUGUUCCAAUAAAUUAUCUUCCCGGUCAGUUGAGUCUCAUCACCGUGGACGGCCAACUAUGUGUCCUAGCUCCGUCAAAUGUUGUCUCACAGACGAAUGCGAUUUUAGUGACAACGGCUGAUAUUGUCAACGAUUCACAAGACCUUAGUCAACUGGAUCUCAUCCAAGCGAAUACACCGGUCAAGACGGUUAAUACGGCAUUGGAACCCUCUUGUACCUACAGCCAACAGGUAACUUGUGAAUCACAACCCCGUUCCACCUCGGCCAACAGCCUUUCCACUGUGGUAGAGCACAAGUCCACCACGCUGGGUAGUCCUUGGCGACUGAUUGAUCUUCCACCCUGA